UUAAAAAACUAUUUUCUUUUCCUCCAAAUGAACCAAAAGAAAGGAAAAGAAAAUAGAAAUAGAAAUAGAAAGAAAUAAAAAAACAGAAAAUAAAAAAACGCGGCUGCUAUACACCAAAACCAGAGUCUUUCUCUCUCUAUGCUCGUCAAUUUGAGCUUCAGAGAUCGGAUAUUCGCAUAAGACGAUCCAAGCUCAGGGCUUUCCAAUCAAUAAAUUACGAUCGAAGAUCGUGCACUGAGAUUUUUUGAGAUAAUUGUUUGAGUUAUUCGUGGGUAGAUUAUUGGGAGGCUGUUUGGUUGGUGAGAAAAUUGACAUUUCUUUUCGAUCUCGGAUCGAUUCAGGUGAAUUCCCAGAUGGGUUUUGAUGGGUUUUUAAAUUUGUGAAAUGGGUCGAAGAGAUUUUUUGUUUCCGAUGUAGGAUUGUAGAGAAAGUUUUUUAUUGGUAAGGGAUGAAUUUGAGAGUUUGAAAGUUUUUGGGGGGGUGAUUUUUGGAUGAUUUCUGUGGGGAGUAGGGAUGCAAGGAAGGGGUUAGGGUUAGGUUUUGUUUCUGCAAGAGAAAUGGAAGAGACUGAGCUUGAAGAAGGCGAGGCUUAUCAAAAUGAUGAAGAUUCAUCCAUUGACCCCGAUAUUGCUCUCUCUUACAUCGAUGUCAAACUUCAAGAUGUUUUGGGACAUUUUCAAAAAGAUUUUGAAGGUGGAGUUUCAGCUGAAAAUUUGGGAGCUAAAUUUGGUGGAUACGGUUCAUUUUUACCUUCCUAUCAGCGUUCUCCUGUUUGGUCUCAUACAAAGACACCACCGAAAGUUCAUAACUACAACACACCCAGAUCCCCCAAGAAUUUGCAUCUGGAGGGUGGCCGUCACAACUCUGUAGCAUUGCCAAGUGCAUCUCUACCAGUGAGACUUGGACAGGCCUCUACAAGUGACUCAUCUUUGCCUUUACUGAGGCCUUCAACUGUAAACGAUUCAGUGAGACGAGAUGUAUGCAUGUCAUCUACUCAUGCUGAGGAAUCUACUUCACAAUGUGAACUUAUGAAUAAUUCUACUAACACUUGUGACCAGAAAACACUGAAGGUUCGUAUCAAAGUGGGUUCUGAUAAUUUGCCGACUCGAAAAAAUGCUGAAAUCUACAGUGGUCUCGGCCUUGAUGUUUCUCCAUCAUCAUCAUUGGAUGACAGUCCGUCUUAUAGUGAAGGGUUGUCUCAUGAGGCUCAGUUUGCUCCAGAUGAAUCUCCUACUAGUAUUCUUCAGAGUAUGACAUCAUUUCCAGUACCUGGGGGCAUACUUUUAUCACCUCUUCCUGCUGAUCUGAUUUGCUUCACUGCAAAAGAAAAGCUUCGGGGGGAGAGCAGAUCCGGAUUCGUCCACAAGGGUAGCCAAGAAGGUUCUGCGAUGUUAGUGAAUGGGUCUGAUUCUGCAAGGGCUGAUGGCAAAGUUUUAGGAGACAAGAAACCAAAGUCAUCUGAGAAGAAUGCCUCUUCAGUGGAAUUGAAGAAUCUUUGUGGUAGGAAUGCACAGAAUGGCAUUGGUGUUCUACUAAAGAAGGAAACGGGCAUUGAUGCUUAUGAUUGUGAACAACUUGUUUCUAAUGCUUUGAAGCUCCCUCUUCUAUCUAUUUCCGAUUGUAAUGUUGUAGAUUCUGCAAAAGGUACUACUAGGGAAUUCGAUAUCUCCAAGGUAGUCAAUAAAAGUGUGGUGAAGGACGAAUCCAUCGCUGUUCUAGAAAAAGAGGAACCCGUGAAGGUAGUAUCAACCCAAGAUAUUGGCUGGGCUGAGAAGCCUAAUGGAAAUGUUGGUACUGCUGGAAAGGUUUGGGAAGAGAAGAAAGGAAGCCCUCAUGAUAAUGUUUCAGUUUGUUUGAGGAAAGAUAGCAAUUUCAAAGGGGAGAAAAAUGAUUCUUUUGCCAAAGCUGACUCAAAUGUCUUCAAUGGAAGGAAAACUCUAAAUGCUGAACAUAUGGAUCAUUCAAAGCACAAGACUGAUCUGAAAGCUACAUCUCAUGAAGAAGAUGGUAAGAAACUGGCAACUGGGAAGGAGUAUUUAUCUUCUGGGGGCAAAAAGAAAUCUAAAGGAAGCGAGAGUCAAAGGCGUAGUGCCAAAAGUACAGAGGUGCCGAAAGAUAGCUUAAAUGUUGAUUCCUCAUUGGUACCCAAAAAUAGGAAGGGCAAUAAUUAUUUACCUAAAAGUGAAGUGGAAGAUGUCAAAUUACAGAAGGAUUAUGGAAAGUCCAGAGACACAUAUAGAGAUUUCUUUGGUGAGUUAGAGCUAGACCAGGGAGAUAAGGACGUGGAUUCAGUAGAAAUGCCUUCUGCUGAUGGGCUGAAGGAUGCUGAGGUGGUUGAAAAGAGCACAUUUGCCUUGAACAGCACAUCGAAGGAGAGAUUGAAUGGAAGGAAAAUCGAUAAGCUGUCUACGUCUGAUGUAUAUCCCAAAGUGGCUUCAAAUGUGGCUUCUCUCACAGGAAACGGGGCAGGUCCUGGAACGGUGGCUCCAGUUGUCAAAGAAGAUUGGGUAUGCUGUGACAAGUGUCAGACAUGGCGCCUUCUUCCACAUGGAACAAAUCCUGACAGCCUUCCUGAGAAGUGGCUGUGUAGCAUGCUUGAUUGGCUGCCUGGAAUGAACCGCUGUAGUUUUAGCGAGGAGGAGACAACGAAAGCUCUAAUUGCCCUUUACCAUGUUCCUGCUCCUGAGAGUCAAAAUAAUCGACAUGAUCAUCUUGGUGGAGUUGUUUCAGGUGUAACCUCAUUUGAUGCUCGUCAUUUUGGCCAACACUUGCAGAAUUUUGAUUCCCAUAUUGUACCUAGUGGUGGAAAGAAGAAACAUGGAUUAAAAGAAGUAUCAAAUGCAACCAACCAAGAUGGUAUCGCCCAAUUUCCAAAUUCCAGGAAGAAUCUUCAGGCAUCAGUGAAAAGCAGAAGCUUAAAUGGUGGGAAUCAGUCCCCUACGGUCAGUGAACGUGAGUUCCAACAGGUUAGCAAGUCUGGUAGCAUUGUUGUAGAGAAACAGGGACAUAAGCAGAAAGAGAAGAACAAACUACACGAACACUAUUCUAAUGGAGGUGAUACCAAGAGCUCCAAGAUGAAAAGCAAAAGGGAGGAGGCUGAUCAGGAUUAUUCUAGAGCUUAUUCUAAGAAAAUCAAGAUAGAUGGUAUGCGUCGUACUGAUGAAGAUUGGAUGUCUGACCAUGGGGAGGCUGUUGGGAAGGUGGGUCCUAGCUCAAGUAGUGGUUUGUCAAUAAAUGAGUCCGGGAAGGAUCGGCGAAAAUACAAUGAUCAUUCUUCAUCUAAGGACUCAAAGUGUGAUGCAAAAAACAGCAUACAAGUACCUACUAGAAAUCCACCAGACCAAGUUCAGUUUAUCCCAGAUGACGGGUCCCUGCAUAAAGGAAAUUGUGAUGAUAGUGACAUUGUUCCGAGGAAGAGGAAAAUGAAUGAAUGUCAGGAUACUCAGAUUUAUGCUGCAUCUCUCCCUGGCACUGGACAUCAUCUCCGGGACAGCAGGGAUUUUGUGGAAGAGACUAGUGAAAAUGAUCACAAGAAGGACAAGAAGGCAAGGGUAUCCAAGUCAGAGGGAAAAGAAACCAGUAAAAGCAAAGUCUCCGGUGGAACAUCCAGAAAAAGUAAAAGUGUGAAGAACCAGCAUCUGGGGCCAGAUCUUGGUUCAACUCUGUCUCAGCGAGAUUUGGGAUCUGUGCAACCUUCUGUGGCAGCCACUUCAAGCUCUUCCAAAGUUUCUGGCUCCCAUAAAAACAAAGCAAGUCUCCAAGAAGUGAAAGGCUCACCAGUAGAAUCAGUGUCUUCCUCCCCUUUAAGGAUUUUGAAUCCAGAUAAGUCUACAUUGAUGAGAAAGAACCUUGCACUGAAAGAUGAUUUUCAGGAUGCUGGGUUUUUUGCCACAGGUAGUCCAAGAAGAUGCUCAGAUGGCGAAGAUGACAGGGGGAGCGAUAGGUCUGGGACAAUCAAUAAGGAUAAGACUUUCACUGUCACCCAUCAUAGGUCUGCAGAGCCCUCUGUGCUUGAAAUGCGAGACGGUGAUAUGGGUCAUGCUAAAGCUAAAGCACAAAUCACACGUUCUCCUGAAUUCACAAAUUUCCAUUUUACUAAUGGCGAUACCAGUAUCUUGGGCCAAGGUACUCAAUAUCCUUGCAAACCAGAGUCAUUAGAUCAAUGCCACAAUGAAGAAAGGGGGAGUGGUAACCAUUAUAUUGCCAAUGCUUCUCGCCCAAGGAAGUCUGGGAAGGGGUCUUCUUCAAGGUCUAAAGAGAAGAAGGGGAAUGUCAAAUCUGAAUUUGACAAGGGUAAGAUCAAGAUUUCUGAUUCUUACAAUGAAUCUACAGGGCAUAAACCUCGUGAAGAAAAAUCGAGGGCUGGAAAAAACAGGUUUGAGGAGAAAUUUGGGUUUAAUUCUGAAAAGUUUGAGAAGAAUUCUGCUGAUAAGAAAGAUUCUGCUGGAAAACUAAUUGAGAGCAGUAAAAAAGAGAGUCAACCAAAACUUGGAGGGCAUGAUGGGCUGGAUGGUAAAGUAGAUGCUAUUUCCAGCCAGGAACAGAAGCAGAACCUUCUACUGGAUCGUCAUGGCGAAAGAUCUUCGAAGAGGUUUCUUUCCGAGAAAGUAGAUAGGGAAGUUUCUGGGAGAGGGAAGUCUCACCCCUUACCACCCACUGGAAGAGGUCAAAAUGAGACAGGAUUGAAUUCCUCUCAACUAAUAUCCGGAUCACAGAAAGAAAAUGGAGCAAAUAUAUUGUCAGUUGAUGUUUUGGAAGGUGAUGAUGCACUGAAGGUUCCAAAGCAUAUUAAGAAGUCUGAGAGCCAGAAUGGAAAUCAGUCCACUAAUUCAAGGCAUCCGACACCAAACGGGCACAAGGUCAGAGAUGUGGAUGCCCCAAGUCCUGUUAGAAGGGAUUCCUCCAGCCAAGCUGCCACCAAUGCUUUGAAAGAGGCGAAGGAUCUUAAACACCUGGCUGACCGUCUUAAGCAGGCUUCUGGGUCGAAUCUUGAAAGUACAGUUCUGUACUUCCAGGCAGCCCUUAAAUUUCUUCAUGGAGCCUCUUUACUAGAAUCUUGUAACAGUGAGAGUGCCAAGCAUGGCGAGAUGAUUCAAUCAAUGCACAUGUAUAGUAGUACUGCAAAACUCUGCGAGUUUUGUGCCCAUGAAUUUGAGAAAUUCAAGGACGCGGCUGCUGCUGCUCUGGCCUACAAAUGCAUGGAGGUGGCUUACAUGAGAGUAAUUUAUUCCUCCCAUACCGGUGCAAGCAGAGAUCGGCAUGAGUUGCAAAUGGCCCUGCAAGUAGUUCCUCCUGGCGAGUCUCCUUCUUCCUCCGCCUCUGAUGUUGAUAACUUAAACAACCCUGCAAUGGUAGACAAGGGUGCCUUAGCCAAGGGUGUUUGCUCUCCUCAAGUUGCUGGAAACCAUGUUAUUGCGGCACGAAACCGUUCCAGUUUUGUGCGGCUGCUCAACUUUACACAGGAUGUACACUUUGCAAUGGAAGCCUCUAGGAAAUCUCAACUUGCUUUUGCAGCCGCAAGCCCAAGACUCGAGCAGGUCCAAUACAGGGAUGGUAUAAGAUCCGUCAAAAGGGCUCUUGAUUUUAACUUCCAAGAUGUAGAGGGAUUGCUACGUUUGGUACGGCUUGCGAUGGAAGCCAUUAGCGAGCCGUUAAAAUCCUAGUUGUAAUUGAGAUUAUGUCAAUCCUGGGAGGAGAUUUUGUUUGGUUCUUUUUUUCCCCCUCCAGUUUUCAAUCCUUUAUGGAGGAAGAGCAAAGAAGAUGACACGGUUGUCUCUGCUGCAUCACGCAUUCCAUCUAUUAGAAGACACGUUUCACCAGCUCAGUGCCCCUGUGAACAUCUGUACAAAUUGAAUUUACAAUUUCUAAUAUAUUUUUUCAGUGAGGCUUCAGCUGCUUUCUAACUCGAAUAAGGGCCAAUAAAUUUGGCGGGAAGUGAUGUUGGUGUUGGCUUCGCGAAAAGAUUCAUAAAUAUAUAAAGAAAUACAGAUUCAGGGUUGAGCAGAACUAUAGCUGGAGACAAAAUUGAAAGUCCAGUCUUAGAUCUUUUGGGAAGCUUAAGUCCUGAGACCUUGGAUUGCUGUUUUUCUGGCCUUCUUUCACAAGGGAGUUUCAGUUGUUCUGUUCUAUUUGUUUAAUUUUUCAAUCGGGCAAAACUUAAGUAUAGGAAGCUGCCAAGAUGAUUUGCCAAGCUCAUCUUUACAAAAUUGACUCCACUGUUGGUUCAAGCACAUUUUAAGGAGGGUAAUAGGACUAGAAGAGAUGGGAGUAUCAGGUUACCAUAUACCAUACAUAGUUUUCUGCAUUUGCAGUUGGAAAAGUUUGCUCUGAUAUUGAGAAAUAGGAAGAAGUUAGGAAAGAAUAUGUAAAGUGCAAAAUGGAAAUAAAUAAUGUACAUAUAGUUCCCAAUGAUGGGUUGCCAAAAUAAUCUUCUUAGAAGUGACUAUCUAUGUAAAUAUACAAAUCAUUGAGUUAAAUCAUCCAACAGUGGCACCAGUUUUCUUCUUUAGGAGGGUUCCCUACUUCAUACCACACGGUCUACAGCUUUGGCAUUUAGCAGUAUCCUUGUUUGGCUGCUUAGUGCUGACUGAAGAGGAUCUUGGUUACAGGUACUGACAAAUGAGUGGGGCAACUGCAGUGGCAGCAGGCAUCAGCUUAUAAUAAGUAGCCCUGAUGAACUGUUUGCUUCAUUUGUCUUCUCUCUUAACAACUUUGUACAUCGGGGAAAUGCAAAAUUUGAUCCCUGUAGUCUCAUUCUUGCUUGCCUACUCAGUUGUGUAUACCAUAACAACAUUGUUUUAUUCUUCUUAAUAAAAUUUUAGAUCUAUUUUUAUCCA